UUUUCAGAUUAAAAAAUGUGGUAAACCAGAAUGUGUAUUUUGCAAUCCAGUACUUCUUCCUCCAGAUAUUUUUAAAGAAGUCUAUUGGAUACCAGAUCCACAAAAAUCUAGUGAUUCUGACCAUUUUCAAAACUUUGAUUCUAUUUAUGGGUACAAUACUACUGAACAAGAUCGUCCAAAUAAGCAAUCUAAAAAAGACAAAAAGGAAUAUGCAUCCCAAGGGAUGCUUGUUUCUGGUCGAAUUCGUGAUUUUGUUUGGUGUAAAUCAUGCAAAAAGCCGCGUUAUGUUUUUAGCAAAAAU